UUCUUUGUUUCUGAGUUUAACCGAUUUCAGUCACUCAGAUGGCAUGUCCAAAGGAAUGUACCACGGCAAGCAGUGUCACGUGUCCGAUAUUGCCACCCUUUUGAACCUGGCAUGGAGCGCCGGUGUUGAUCGAAUUAUUAAUAUACGUUUCCGCGGUUUUGUUUCCAUGCUAGUUUGAUGCAACCCAAAAUCAAUUCCUUCUUCAAGCCCUCUUCUUCUUCUUGUUUUUCUGAGCCAAAAUCUCAAGACCCAGCCCCCGUUUUGGAGGAAGAAGAUGAUGAAUUGGCAAUUUGGGAGAAGAAACAACAUGUAUUUGUCAAUACUUACAAGCGUAGAGCUAAAAAAUUAGAUAGGGCUUCAUUUGAGGGUGGAAGAAGUGAGGUAAAUGAAGGGUCAAGUUUUGAUACACCAAAGGAGGCUAAAUUACCAGAUUUGAGUCUGAAACCACAGUUGACAGCAUGUGGAAGAAAGCUAAACAAGAAGAGAAGCUAUGCACAGUUUCAUUUAGAAUUAGGUCAAUCUGAUUUUUUUCUUCGCACAUGUUCCACUUGUGGAAUCCAGUAUGCUGCUGGAAAUGAGGAAGAUGAGAAGGAUCACAAGACAUUUCACCAGAAUUACACACAUGGGGUUCAGUUCAAGAGUUGGCGCAAUGAAAGGCUUGUUCAAAUGCCUUGUGUUGAAGGGGGGCGCAUUGUUUUGGUGCUAGACUGUGACUCUCCUGCUCAGAGAAAUAAGGUUCAGGAGAUUUUGAAGAUGAUGGAAAUUGAGUUGGGUGAUGGAUGGAUCUUUCAUAAGCUCUGCAAGGUGUAUCUGUUUAUUUCAUCUCAGAGUAGCGGUUGUCUAAUUGCUGAACCAAUAAAAGAAGCAUUUAAAGUUCUAUCAUACUCAGUUAAUGAAAGAACUGAUGACACUAACACAAAAGAAACAAGAUCAAACUCAACCACUCUCCAGUUUGGGAAAAUUAUAUUACAGAGAGAAGUCAUAAAAAGAAUUCCUUCGGUCAAUUGUUCUAAUCUGCUAAAUGGAAACCACAAUGGCGCAAUUUUAUGUGAAAAGGAAUCCAUACCUGCUGUUUGUGGCAUUAGAGCUGUAUGGGUCACUUCCUCUAACAGAAGAAAAGGCAUUGCAACUAAUCUGCUGGAUGCUGUCAGGAGAAGUUUUUGCAUGGGAUUUAUUAUUGAAAAAUCUAAGUUAGCAUUCUCUCAACCGAGUUUAGCUGGGAAGGCGUUGGCAUCAAAUUAUUUUGGUGCUGGAUCUUUCCUGGUAUACAAGGCUGAAGAAUCAGUGAAAUUAUGCAGGCAGUGGACAAGAGACUAGAAUUGAAAUUCGAGAGCAGAGAAUUGGAAUGCUUACUAGUUGUGGGGUUAUGGUGCAGACACCCAGUUGAAAAGCAGAGGCCAUCUGCAGGACAAGUAAUUCAGCUUCUCAAUUUUGAAGCAACACUGCCAGUCCUUCCUUAGGAGUUGCAUGAUCCUCCCCAGAAGCAGAUGACUCAGCAGAAGUGUGAUUCUAGUCUGUCAAGUUAGUAUUAGCAGCCGAUGAAAUAACAGUUUUGAGAAAUUAUACUUCAAACAAUAUUCUGUUACAGGAUAACGAAUUAUUGUAAGUGCAACAUUUCAUAUUACAAAAAACUCAUUCAUAAUACAA